UUUAGCAUCCCUCUCCCGGAGAACAGAGUGGCCGGUGUGUCCCUCCAGCCCUGGAUCCCCCAGGGCACAGCGCAUUCCCGGCGGGACCGGCCGCCCUCCUGCACCGGAGGAUGGGCGAGGCGGUGGCCCGGGUGGCCCGGAAGGUGAACGACACGGUGGAGAACAAGGCGGAUUCCCUGGAUCUGGCCAACUGCAAGCUGAUGUCCUUCCCUGUCGGAGUCUACAAAGCCGUGAGGAGCGUCGCCGAGGGCAUCCACCGCAUCUCCCUGGCCAACAACGAGCUCAAGUCCAUCACCAGCCGGUUUGUCACCACCUUCAGCCAGCUGAGAGAGCUCAACCUGGCCGGCAAUUACCUGCAGCGGCUGCCCGAGGAAAUCACCUCCCUGCUGCACCUCCGCGCCAUCGACCUCUCCCGAAACCGGUUCCGGCGCUUCCCCGAGCCCCUGGCCACCGUGCCUGCCCUGGAGACCAUCGACCUGGAAGAGAACGAGAUCGCAGAGGUGCCCACGGACAAACUGGCCUCCAUGGCGCUGCUGCGGAGCCUCAACCUGCGAGCCAACCCCGUGGGCCCCGAGGUGCGGCUGCUGGUCCGGCCCCUGGUUCCCUUCGAGCUGCUGCUGUCUCCAGAGGAGCCCAUCCAUCCCUGAAUCCAGGCAGCACCCCCGGCUGCCCGGGCUGUCCCGAGGCGGGGCUGCCCACCACAGGGCUUUGGCUCGGCUCCGUCCCUGCUGUGUCCCCGUUUCUGCCCCCAGGCGGGUCCCAAACCCGAGCCUGUGCCUCGUUUUUCCCAAAUCCAAGGCAAGCAGCAUGGCUCCCCCGCGGAGGGAUGGCUCUGCCAAAUCCCGAGCCAGGCAAUCUCCUGCUUAUGCAU